AUGGGCCUCACCAUCCUCGACCACGAGCAAAAGCCGGUCCUACAUGGCCGGUUACGGCUCUCCACGGGCGUUCGUCUGCAUUACUACACCGCAGGAAGCGGUCCAGCCGUAUUGCUCCAGCACGGCAUUCCCAAGACGUCCUACUACUGGCGUAAAGUGCUUCCCUACCUGAGCGCCCACUACACCUGCAUCGUACCAGAUAUGCGCGGGAUCGGCGACUCGACUCACCCGGACAACGACUACUCCAUGGCGACCGUGGCUGAUGAUUUGGCCGAACUCAUGACGAAACUGGGCCAUGACAAGUUCCAUGUCAUCGGCGAAGACUGGGGUGCAGCAGCAGCAUAUCAGCUCGCGGCGCGAUAUCGGGACCGGGUGCUUUCUCUGGUGUUCCAAGAGAUGCUGCUUCCCGGCUUCGGUCUCGAAGAAUGGGCCACCUUCAACCCCACCCGCCCCGAAACCCACCUCUGGCACGUCUCCUUCUACAGCGUGCGCGACGUGCCGGAGCUCCUGAUCACGGGCCACGAGCGCGAGUACUUCACGUGGUUCAUCAAGAACGAGGCGCACGACCCGACGAGCAUCCCCGACGACGCCAUCGACGAGUACGUCGCCAAAGCCAGCCAGCCGGGGGGCCUGCGGUCGCUGUGCAACAUCUACCGCGAGACGGAGGCGAACGUGCGCGACAACAGGGACAGCGCCCUGACGAAGCUGACCCUACCCGUGCUGGCCGUCGGGAGUAAGGACUUCAUUGGCGCCGAGGUGAAGGCACAGAUGGAAGCGGUCUGCGAAAGGGAACAGGUCACGUACAAGGAGCUGCACUUUGGGCAUCAAUUGGCCGAGGAGUGUCCGGGCCAACUGGCGAGUUUGUAUCUCGACUUUCUUGGCCAAUUGACUUGA